CCAGCCAAUCGUGACCGUUUUGAAAAAUAUUUCCCAACCUUGUAUACACACUUAAAUAUAUAUUAAUGGAAAGAUUUCAUGAAACAAAACCUACCCUUAUACACAAUACAUUCCGAUAUUUUCUUUUCACUUCUCUUCCUGUUCAUACUCUUAAAUCUUGGUCGCAAUCCACUAAUCUGAUUUCACAGCCCUCUGAUGGGUCGCAGCUCACUUUUAAAAAUGCUGCCCAGAGUAAACUUUCCAGAACUGCUCCACAUCCGUGAUCUCACACUCUCCUGGGGACUGGUGUAUGUACACCAUUUUACUGAGGAGGUAAAGGACUCCAUGUGGCGAACUGUCCAAGGUCACAAUCAAGUGUCCAGUGCCCUGCAGCUCAGCCUGAGCUGAGGCUCUGUGCAGAACCAGGUUUCCCUUGGGUGGCAAACACCAUACCCUGACCCCUGGGGAAGGGCGAGGAGUCUACACAAAAACACUCCCUCCAGCCAACCAGAGCUGGCCUACUCAGAUCCACCCUCUUCCAGGUGAUUGGUCCCAAAGGGGCUGCCAGCCCCACGGGCACCUGGGGCCAGUUUCCUCCAGGAGGGCCCGCCCCGGGCAGGUCCCUCUCAGACAGUCCAUCCCUGCUCGCUACUGUGAGGGUGGUUCCUGACACAGCGGGCAGGAGCUGCUUUGCCGCUUCUCAAGCAAGAGGCCAUUUCCUCCCUGGCUCUGAGCUGAGAGAGUUCGUUGCAGUCUGUCCUAUCAGCCUCUCGAUAAUGGCUCUCAAAGAGGGACUCGGGGCCUGGAAGAGAAUCUUCUGGCGACGGAUCCUACUUGCACUUGGCCUCUUAGGCCUACUCCUGUAUGGGCUCCCUAGUGUCAGGCAUCUGGAAGUUCUCAUCCCCAUGGGCGUCUGCCCAGCGGCCACAAUGUCCUUGCUGAGAGACAACUUCACAGGUGUCCUGCGUCCCUGGGCCCGGCCUGAAGUCCUGACGUGUACCUCCUGGGGGGCUCCCAUUAUUUGGGAUGGCACCUUCGACCCAGAUGUGGUCCAGAAAAAGGCUGGACAGAAGAACCUCACCAUUGGGCUGACUGUCUUUGCUAUAGGCAGGUACCUGGAGAAGUACCUGGCGCGCUUCCUGGAGACGGCCGAGCAGCACUUCAUGGUGGGUCAGCGCGUGGUGUACUACGUGUUCACCGAGCGGCCGGCCGCCGUGCCGCGCGUGGCGCUGGGCCCGGGCCGCCGGCUGCGCGUGGAGCUAGUGGCGCGUGAGGGGCGCUGGCAGGACGUGUGCAUGGGGCGCAUGCGCACGCUGCACGCGGCGCUGGGCGGGCGGCUGGGCCGCGAGGCGAGCUUCGUGUUCUGCAUGGACGUGGACCAGCACUUCAGCGGCGCCUUCGGGCCCGAGGCGCUGGCCGAGUCGGUGGCGCAGCUGCACGCCUGGCACUACCACUGGCCGCGCCUGCUGCUGCCCUUCGAGCGCGACGGGCGCUCGGCCGCCGCGCUGGCGCCGGGCGAGGGCGACUUCUACUACCACGCGGCCGUGUUCGGGGGCAGCGUGGCGGCGCUGCGCGAGCUGACGGCGCACUGCGCGCAGGGCCUGCGGCGGGACCGCGCGCGCGGCCUGGAGGCGCGCUGGCACGACGAGAGCCACCUCAACAAGUUCUUCUGGCUGCACAAGCCCGCCAAGGUGCUGUCGCCCGAGUUCUGCUGGAGCCCGGAAAUCGGCCGGCGGGCCGAGAUCCGCCGCCCGCGCCUGCUCUGGGCACCCAAGGAGUACCACCUGCUGCGGGACUAGCGCCGCCGCCCGGGCCUCGGCGCGCCCAGGACAGAGCCCGGCCUCAGCUGGCGCCUGGCCCUCCCCGCCUCUCGGGCCCAGCGCCAGGGCCGUUCCCACCGGCCGUGGCCACAGGACGGAGAUCCUGAAGCCAGUCGAAGUCCCUUCUGAAGCGGCAUGGCACUUUGGGGGGCAGAGAGAUAUUGGUAGAAAAAAGCCCUACUCGCUCCCUUGUGUGCCCGUCUGUGUGAGUGGGAGGAGGAGGUCCUAGCCUUGGGAGCCUCAUACUUGAAGAGAAAAAUCCCCUCCUUCAUUUUAUAAUUUUUUAUUUUUAAAUUUUGUUUAUGUUAUGGGCGUUAGCCAACCCUUCCCACACUGUCAACAGUGGCUGAAGCACAACUGCAACAGUGCCUGGUACAAGCAGUCUAUAGACCUUUCACCUCUGGCCUUACUGCCUCUUGGAGAGAUAUUUUAGUCUCUCCCACCCCUCCUUUUUUUAAUAAGGAGACUGAGGCAUAAAGAGGCAGGGUAGGUAAAAAUAUAACCACCCAAGGACACAGACUAUGUAACCCUGGCAGUUGGAGAUCCAGGACUGGCCCCUCGGGCACUUACAGCUGCCUCUGGGCCUGAGCCACAGGGAGGAACACAGGUGGCCUCGCCAUGAGCUCUGCCUUUUUACCUCCCCUACCCAUAAGCAUAGUUUAUACUUAUUUGAAUCAUGUUGUCAUAAAUUGUUCCUGUGAGACAAAAUAGCAAACGUAAGAAGCCACCGACUGCUCAUCUCUGCUUGCCAGCGGCAUUUCACAAAGCGUGUGACUCUGAGACCACGAACAGCUUUCCAGAAAGAUGCUUUGAAGACAAAACAGUUUAGAGCACAGGGCUUCCCACGACUGCAUUCAUCCUGGCCUUUUCCUCCACAUACGUCUGAGGAAGUUGGUGGUGAUGCUUUUCUAAACUAUAACCAGAUGUACUCUAAAUCUCCACCACCUAUAUAUAAACUGUAAGCUAAAAUACUGCAUUAAAACAGUCCACUAGAACCUCUGUAAAGGCUGGUACCGGGCUGUAGACUUCAGUCUGUAGUCCUCAGUAAGACAUCUAAAUAAAACCAACGUAAGUUCUUUAAAAGCUUGAUUCUGGCCUGGCGUGGUGGUUCACGCCUGUCAUCCUAACACUCUGGGAGACCGAGGUGGGUGGAUCGCUGAAGGUCAG